UUCCUUUUCUUCCCCCUCCCUUCAACCAACUUCCACUCGUUCACGUGGAGUUUUCUUCGCUCGGCAAGUUUUUGUUCCGACGCGGACGAAGACUAUCCGGCGAUCGCAAUUUCACUCCGGGAGAGCCGCGCAUAAGUCAUCGUUGGAUUCAAGGAUUGGUGUUACACGAUCGUCCGAGGGACGAUAGUUUGAAGAUGUCGGCGACGAUCUCGAAUAUACCGGGCAACAACCUGGGGAACGGGACGAAUGGAAUUUGUGACAAGGAACGUGACGUAGAAAAGGGUGAACACCGUUCCGACGCGGUAGGCCUCCCAUCGUCGAUCUGUUCGCGGCCGACGUCUUCGUCGCGGACGUCGACGUCGGCCGAGAGCAGGGUCGAGCUCGAGGAUAAACCAAGAAACAAACCGAACACAGUGAGCGUAGAGGUGGAACUGGAAGCGGCCACGAACAAUGAACCGAUAAUAGGAGCGGGGACGGAGGUGACGACAACGGCGAAGACGAGGACGCGAACGGGAACAAGAACGGAAACGAGCGAACCCAGCCGGUGGAAGGCAGUCGGCCGCUUGCUUCGCCGCUUGGCGCUCGUCAUGACACUGUUGGCGUGCACGAUCGCCGUUUUGGCUCUGAUCGCCAUGUACGGGGGCCUCGUUUCCCUCGUGCAGCUGCUCGUGGUCGUUCUCGUCGCGUAUUUGGUAUCCGGAGGUCGUUUCCGAUGGUUCUACGUCGCCUUCAAAACCCUUCCCAGGGACACCAUGGCCGUGAUGGGGUACUUAAAACUUCUUUGGAUUAUUCGCGGCCACGAGAGGAAGGACCGAAGUGUGGCUGAUGUGUUUCGACAACACGUCAGCCGACAUCCCAAUAAAGUCUGUUUCAUUUGCGAAGAUGACGAGUGGACGUUUCAACAGGUGGAGGACUACAGUAAUAAGAUCGCCACGCUGUUCAAAACGCACGGAUAUCGAAAGGGCGACGUGGUCGCUGUACUUUUGGAAAAUCGGGUGGAGUUCAUUGCAAUCUGGCUUGGUCUAAGUAAGCUGGGAAUAAUAACGCCCCUCAUUAACACCAAUCUUCGUAAAACUGCACUCUUGCACAGUAUCACCGUGUCUAAAUGUCAGGCACUUAUUUAUGGCGCAGAUUUCACCGAUGCUAUCUCAGACAUCUCGAGCUCGCUGGAUCCGAAAUUUGCAUUAUACAGAUUUGGUAACACGCCGAAUGGUAAAACAUCAAAACUUAAUGAGAAAGACUUAAACGCUCUUUUGGCUGAUAUCUCUCCAACUCCGCCAGUCCUUCAAGAAAAAGGCUGUCACAACGAUAAGUUAUUGUACAUUUUUACCAGUGGUACCACUGGCCUUCCUAAAGCAGCAGUCAUAACUAAUGCUAGGUAUAUGUUUAUAGCGACUGGCAUUUUCAUGAUGGCACAAUUUAAAAGUACAGAUAGAUUUUAUACACCAUUGCCCUUGUAUCACACUGCGGCUGGUGCAAUGACCACAGGUGCAACUCUUCUCCAUGGAGCGACUACAGUAAUUAGAAAGAAGUUUUCAGCAAGCGCUUACUUCACUGACUGCAUCAAAUAUAACUGUACAAUUGGUCAAUAUAUUGGAGAAAUGUGUAGAUAUAUUUUGGCAGUACCUCCAAAACCAGAAGACAAGAAACAUAACGUUAGACUGAUGUUUGGAAAUGGCUUAAGGCCACAGAUAUGGCCCGAGUUUAUAGAACGAUUUAAUAUUCCACGUGUUGCUGAAUUUUAUGGAGCAACAGAAGGAAACGCUAAUAUUGUAAAUACCAAUAAUACUGUUGGAGCUAUUGGUUUUAUAUCUCGAAUCAUUCCAUCGGUCUAUCCUAUUUCUAUUUUAAAAGCAGACGCUGAUGGAGAACCAAUUAGAAAUGCUAAAGGUUUAUGUCAAGUGUGCGAACCAAACGAACCAGGUGUAUUUGUAGGAAAAAUUAUACCCAACAUGCCAUCUAGAGCAUUUUUAGGAUACGUGGAUGAGAAAGCAUCUCAAAAGAAAAUAGUUCGUGAUGUAUUUACGAAAGGCGACUCGGCAUUUAUAUCCGGUGACAUUUUAAUAGCGGAUGAGUUUGGUUAUUUGUAUUUUAAAGAUAGAACAGGCGACACGUUUAGAUGGAAGGGAGAAAAUGUUUCUACGUCUGAAGUCGAAGCUAUUAUUAGUAAUCUUGUUAACUACAGAGAUUGUGUAGUAUAUGGAGUCGAGGUUCCAGGUGUCGAAGGCAAAGCUGGAAUGGCAGCAAUAUACGACGAUAAUGAUACGUUAGACAUCAAUAAAUUGUCAGUCAAUCUGAAGGAACAUUUGCCAUUUUAUGCGAUACCUAGAUUUAUUAGGGUUUUAACGAAAAUUGAUCUCACAGGCACAUUCAAAUUAAAGAAGAAGGAUCUUCUGGAGGAGGAAUACGAUCCUAAUAAGGUACAAGACAAGUUGUACUAUUUGAGCGAUAAGUCAGGAUAUCAGUUGUUAACCCCUGAUGUUUAUGAACAAAUUAAACAAAGGAAAAUUCGGUUUUAAGUUAUGUUUUUAAGAAAGACAAUUGAUGGGAACAAUUUUUGUUGCAACGUUAUAUAAAUGCACCUUCGAAGUGAAGAAAGGCUUUUCAUCUUCAUUAUGUUAAGUCAAAGGAACUACUUUACACAGAAUUAUCUUCUAAUAGUAAUUAAAUUAUCACUUAAUUAUUAUUUUAAUAUAAUUGCUGAUGAGCUUAUAUUUCUUUUUAAAUGAAAUAAUAGUAACGUAUCAAAUAAGUUGUAUCGAAAUUGAAACGAGAGAUCUUUGACUUAAAUAGCAGGUAAAUUUUAUAUAUUCUUAGGAUUGGAGGUGAAUGACGUUAUUGUUAUCACAUUAUGUAUACAUUUUAUAUAGGUUUGGUUGUAAUUUAAUACUCGUCAUAAAUAUAUAAUAAUUUUAUUUUGAGAUUAGAAACCUCUUAUUUGAAGGUUACAUCACAAUUGUAUAAAAAAAAAUUGAUUUAUAUUUAUAAAAAGCGAAGUUAAAUAUUUUAAAGAGAAACUUAUUCUAGAAGAGACAUACAUAUACUGAGCGACAAAAUUAGCGCAACAAAAAAUUGUUAUUAAAAUUGAGUGAAAUUUUAAUAAAACUUUUUGUUGCGUUGAGUUUGUUACUCAGUGUAUAAUGUACAUGUACGUACCUUGAGGAUCUACAAUUUCAUACAAAUUGCUAAUUCUGGAAUUAUACAUAGAGCAAAGCGUAAAUAAAAAAAUGUAUUCUGUAACAUAAAGUAAGCGUAAAUCUUAGUUCAAAAUCUAGACCACUGUUAUAUGUAUCGUAUCAUUGUAUCUAUAUUUUCCUAUAUAUUAUUUGUGUACCAGGUUCAUGAUUAAGUAUACACAAAUAUAUACGCUGUUGUUAAUAGUGUUAUAACACAGGAUAUUUAACAUCUUUUUCAUAAAAGAAAAAGAACUUCCGUAACAAAGAACAUUGGAUAAAAAUAUAUAUAUUUAUUACGUACAUAGAUGGUUACGAUUCAAAGAAACAUUCCAUUAUUAUUCUUAUUUCAUUAAAACACAUUACCAUCUAAUGAUAUUAUCUACCCAGAUUAUUGAAUUUUUGAAGUAUGGUAAUAUUCGCUUUAAUUAGUUUCACUGAAUUUAGUUAACAAUAUUAUGUAAUAGUAAAAAGUAGUUGCCAAAUACAAAAUGAAUAUAUAGUACAUAAGAAAGAAAAUAUUGUUAUUAUUAUACAGUGAUAAACACAAACAAGAAACGUUUAUUAAAGUAUGAUAUUGGAAUCAUUAUUUUUCAUAACGUUUCUGACGUCAGUAAUACGUGUAACAUAAAUGUUAGACAUAAUUUAACGUAAUUAAACAAUUCGAAAGAAAAAGAAAACGUUACUGGUGACGUGUACAAUUUAAAUGCGAUGCAAAUAAAUUUUAUAUAUAUUUAUAUGUGUUAUUUUUUAAUUAUUGAAUUAAAGGUGGAUAAUUUUGGAUGAAAAAGUAAUUAAUAUGCAAAUUAUAUAGAUAUAUUCACAUAUAAUUUACAUGUAACAGUGGAAUCGUAUGGAAAAUAUAUUGUAACUAUUAAUGAAGUACGAUAAUUGUAAAAAUUAUGUGCUUCCAUAAUUACAUUUAUCAACAGUCAGAAAUAGAUACACUAAUUUCCAUUCUAAUGAUUUUUUAUUCGCAAUUUACAUAACAUUCUAAAACUAUUUAUUUAUUAAAAAUGUGUACAAAAUUUACAGAACAAAUAUUUUGAAAAAUAGAAAAAUAACAAAUUUCGGAAAUGAUACAUUCUAAUUUCGUUUUAAUAAAAAUAAAUAGUACAAAAAUAUAAAAUGUUAUAAAAUAUGAAUGUUGUAUAUUUGCAGUAUACAUACUAGGUUAACAUUUUUUGAAACUAUAUAAAUAUAAUUUGCAGGUAUCUCUAAUAAAUUAUAAAAGUUUUUCACAAUGUUGCAAGUACUGUAUAUGUAUUAUUAUUUCAUUUAUAUUAUGUUUCUAAAAUUGUAUAAAAUUUUUAAUAGUUAUACAACAUUUCUGACCUUUUAAAAGAAGAAAUUAAAACUAAAUUGUGUUUUACAAAUUUACAUCUAUCUAUAAAUGAAAACAUUAAAUUCUAUAUCACGACUUAUUUAACAUUUUAUGUAGCUUAAUCGUCAAAUUUGAAAAGUAAAUCUUUUUUAUCCACAAGAACAUUUUAAUCUGUUCAAAAUCUGGUCGACUUUAAUAUCUAUAUAUUAUGCUAUUGAUUCAAAAUAUUUAUAAGUGUAAUUAAAUUGUUACCGAGACCUUAAUACAUAAUAUUAUAUUCCAUAAGAACUAUAUUUUAACAGUAUUCGUGUAUUUGAUAUCUUAUAUACAGAUAUGUUACAUUUUAUAUGAAAAUUAUAAUAUAAUUUUCCUGCUGUUAAAACGGUUCGUAAAAUCGAUUUAUUGGUUCAGUAAUGAAGAUGUAAGAGAGCCUAAUAUACCUUCACUUAACAUAAAUUGCAACUGGGUAGCAGAUAUUUCUAUAGUGCAUAAAUUACAAGAAUUUACGAAAAUUGUUAAUAUUGUAUAAAUAUUUGGGUGUUUUUUAAGGUAUGUUUAUAUUGUUCCAGUGCUGAAAACUUGUUAUUUGUUACUUUUUUUAAAUAAAAGUUUUCUAUUUUUUAAGAA